GCCAUUUAAAAGUAAACCGUCUGCUCCAACAACAGUGUUUUCUAACUUUUAUGUCGUUCAGUUCAGUGUUGUUUUAACUGCAAGAUUUGUUUGUUUCUGACAAUCAAAAGAAUUAAUCCACCAAGUCUUGAAAAAUGAGUGACAUAUCUGGACAUAAUGAUUCCUCAAUUCUGCGCGAGUUUUCUUCUCAGUAUGAAGAUAUAUGUUCUCAAAAUAAAGAACAGGCCGGAAUAAUUGAGGCAUUGCAGCAGGAGGUUCACAGUUUGAAAAACCGCUUGCAAGUAGCCGAAAAAAUCCAACUGGACUACCAAUCAGAACUGGACUGCCAACAGCAACAAAUCAAUGAUGCGAAUGAUCUAGCUUCCAUUGCAGCACUAAAAUUAAAGGAAGAUCAUGCAAUAAUCGUCAAAGGACUUGAAGACAAGGUCCACAGUCUUGAAUCUGAAUUACAAGAGGUGACCAAUGCAUUAGCUGCCACUAAAGAUGAGCUGCUCAAAGCCAAGAAAGAAAUAAAAGAUUGUCAAGAUGUAUCACCUGUUGCCUCCUUGAAGACACAACUGCAAGAGUUAAUGGAGGAACAUGCAGCUAACAGAUUAGCUUGCGUUCAACAUCUAGAAUUGAAUCAAGUCCUACUGAAAGAGAAGGCCUAUUUAGUAGACGAGCUCAAUGCAACAAGAGAACAUCUCGAAAUAACUGGCGAAAAGUUGAAAAUUUGCAAAGAAGAUAUGCUGCAACAAUCUGAAACAUUAGAGGACCUUAGAGAAUCUCUGGCUGUUGCUCAGAAUGAGUUAACUUGUCUCCAAUCCGGCCCUCCUCCAGAGAAACAAGGAAACUCACUUUUUGCAGAAGUGGAAGAUAAGAGACAAGCUAUUCUAGCACGGAAUAAAGUCCUGUCAAAAAGGUACAUUGAAAUGAAAAUGGAUUAUGGUUCAAAAUGUGAUGAAAUCUCUAAGCUCAAAAUGGAAAAUCUCAAACUGCGUCAGAAGUGGCGAGAUGAAGCAGAAGAAAGGGAUAACAGAGAUGUUUGGCUUAAAGACAAUUAUGAAAUCAGAAUUCAGGAGCUCUAUAAAUUAGUUGAGGAUUUGAGGCGUGAAGAGAAACCAGUGUUUGUCAAUGGUAAUGCACAGAUUUUGGCCUAUGCAGACCAAUAUGUUGAUGAAAAAAAGAAAGAAAUAGUGAAAUUAAGGGAAGAAAUGGAGUUGAGGUCUGCAACACGGCUUAAUGAAGCUAAAGCUUUGUAUUUGGCAAGGAGCAAGGUCCAGACCCUUAAUGCUGAAGUUAUGCUUCUGAAUGCUGAGAAUCUUGUACUGCGAGACAAAUUAAAUGAAGCCAAUAUAACAGAUAUACCAUCACCAGGAAAAACCGUCAAGCGCAUUAAAGAGGUAUGGGGAAGUGUUACAGAAGCAAAGUCUUGCAGUCCACUUGAAGAAACCCUGAAAUCUUGUAGUUAUGUUGAUGAAACAUCUUGUAAUUCAGUUUCCAAGACACCAGAGCCUUCUAGUAGCGAAGCACCAACAGCCUGUGAGGAGACCAAUACUACCCAGAGCCAAUCAGAAGAACCAAGUUGCCCACCACCUAUUUCUUCCAACCAAACAUCAAUUUCUUCUAUCAUUAGAAGCAUACCAAAACCUCAACGUCUUCUCAGAAUAGAACGCAUGGAAAAGCUCAAUGCUGUUAGUAAUGAUGAAGAAAAGUCACAACCAGAAAGUGCAACUUGUGGUAUCAGUCCUGAUGGAAGUGAUGUCUCAACUUGAAGAUGUAUCAUUGAUAAAUCCAGAUAGGCAGGAGAUGUUUGUGACAUUCCCAAAGAGAGUGACCCAGAGACUGAUGAAAAUGCACAACAUAAUGAGCCAAUUGAUGCUUCACCAUCACAUCUAGAUCACAUUCAAGAGCCCAUAGAAAAUUCCUGUGUUGUGGAAGAUAAAGAGAAUGAAGCGCCCACAUUUAGGUCCUCAUUUGUGAUGAAACCCGCCAAUUCACUGCAGGAAGAAAAGCAUACUGGUGGUGUGUGUAGUGAAGAAACUCUGCAUCCUUCAGACUUUAAAGAGCCUUCAAUUCAAAUCAUCAAGCAAGCGUGUGAAGUGUCAAAUGAGAGCUGGAUUGAACCAGCAAUUGAGACGGGGAGACAGCCUCGACAGUCUAUUCUAACUAAACCAUCAGGGCUUUCUCUGAUGCCAAUCGACCAAAAUGUGACGAGGAAGGUGAGAUUUGCUGAUCCAUCCAACAAGGAAGAAGAGAGUCAAACAAGUGACCAGAAGACUACUUUUAAACAUAAAUUGCCCAGGGCACCUAAA